AUGGAGUCCAAUACGAUCACACUCGCCCAGAGACAAGCAAUAAUCGACAACUUUCAGCUGGAAAUCGCCGAACGAGCCAGGAAACUGCGGUCACAAUACAACCUCCAAGCUCAAGGACUUCGGGCGCGUCUGGAAAUGCGCGUCAACCGCAUUCCCCAGGCACUGCGCAAACGAAAUAUCGGAGAACUUGUGGAGGAGCACGAGAACAGGUUACGACCGGCGCCGCCACCGCCCAUGGCCAUGCCCGUCGCGUCGGGACCAACACAGCCAGCGUUACAGCCCGCCAUUCGCAGUAGACAGGCACAAGCUGCGAAGCGAAAAAGCGACGAGAUGUCUACUCUGUCAUCUGAAGGCGCCGACAAAGAGAAUGAAGAGCUGCCCGUUCCCAAGAAGCGGACAAAAGCAACGACAACAACGGCGACGGCCAAUUCGAAAGCUACACGUGCCCUGCCUCCGGUCCGAAAAGCGGCAUUGCCCGGAACAACAAACCCAGCAGGUGUCCUCUCUCCACGCUCCAACAACUCUCGCACUCUGCCCGCCCCACCCGCGCCUUUCAAAUCCUCCAACUUGUCYCCAGAGAAGAAGACCAUCCCGAGGUCGGGAGCUGUGAGUCGGACGGGAAACGCAAGUCGAGCUGGUGCCAGGACUGCGACCAAAGGAGCUGCAAGCUCGGAGAAUGGACGGAGUAGCGAGGCCAGUGCAGGUAGUAAUGGGACGACGAUUGUAAAGGGCAAGAAAGCACCUGCCAAGAAGACGACCACGGCACCAUCAACUAUGGCGACCAAGGCUGCCGCUGCGAGGAAAGCUGCGGCUAGCACGACUGCCGCUGUCGGGAGAACGUUGAGGAAAAGGAAUUGA